AGAUCUUUACAUUAGCAAGCAUAUUUCGUUGAGGUUCCUGUGUGAAUUUGAAGGCUAAUUACAAUUUACGAAAAUGGGAUGUGAUGGUGGAACUAUUCCUCGUCGUGAUGAGCUUGUGCGGCUGAAGAAAAAACCAGAAAAGAAAGACAAGGAUUCAGAAAGGCAGUUUCGUUGGAAACAUUGUGCGCUUACCCAAUUACGCCUGCAGUUACCAAUCGUGAUUUGCGCUUUGGGUAGACUGUACUCCAAGCAAAACGUAAUCGAAGCUCUAUUGGAUAAAGAGAAAAUGCCCGAGUCGUGCGCACACAUCAAAUCGCUCAAGGAUAUUAAGAAUCUUAAUUUGACACCAAAUCCAGCGUACGACGAGUCGAAAGACGACAAAAGCUCGCCCUUCAUUUGCGGUUUGAUUGGCCUGGAAAUGAGUGGGCAGUUUAGAUUCGUUGCACUAUGGUCUUGCGGAUGUGUGUUUUCAGAAAGAUCGCUCAAAGAAAUUAAAGGAAAAACGUGCCCCCUCUGCCAAACUCCAUUCACCGAUGAAGAUAUAAUCGUCUUGAACGGAACAGAGGAUGAUAUUGAUCAGAUGCGCGUCAAAAUGGAAGCACGUAAUGCACGUUUGAAACUGGAGAAAAAAUCAAAGGCCGAAAAAAAAUCGAAGUCAAAAGAAGUUGCUCCGCCCGCAACGGUAACAUCCGCCGAAGCAUCUGGUUCAGCUGAAGCAAGCAGCUCCGGACUGAUGGAUAAAAAGCUGGUGGUCCCAACUGCACCAAAAACAAACGGGGAAGGAAGCAGUAAAUCUAGCUUGAAGCCAGCUGUUCCGAACAAAAGGGCUCUGAUUAGCGACAAGAUUGGAGAAGAUCCCGUCUUCAAGAAGUCAAAGGAUGAUUACAGCGUUGCGAAGGAUCCUAAAGCAUCUGACGUGUACAAGUCACUAUUCACUUCGCAUGAAAGUGAAAAAGACCAGAAACGCGCACAUUGGGUGACGUACAAUCCGUUCUAUAAUUAAGCAGUUCUAUACUUUCGCGUAUACUUAAAAUAGCGUAUUCAAUAAUUAAACAAAGAACAGACUAAUAAA